UGGUGCAACAGCACCGUUACAAUUAGUGUAUUAUGGCAUGUUGAUAGACGCGAGGACAAACCAGUACUUAGCGGCAUUUUUGACGGUCAGAUUACGAACCAUAAAUUGCUGCUAAGCGGCGCUGGUUGGUGACCAACUUGAAUCCCAUACUUUCGUAGGACUAUGGAUUGUCCUCCCUCAACCUGUACCGUCAAUACAAUAUUCACAAUAACUAAAGCAGAUCCUUCCGACCUACCGACUAAUUUAUUUCCGAAGUCUGUUUACCAUUUGCUUGGCGAUGGCUCCCUCGUAGCACCCCCAUUCUUUGACGACCUUUCCACUACUCAUCUUGCGCUCAUCAUCAUGGCGUCCCUCUUUACUAUAUUCGUAAGGAAUACAACUUUAUCAGUUGCAUUCUUAUGGUCAGGUGGAGUUCGCAAGAAAAGUCUCUUGUACACUCUAUUCCUCAGUCAACUUCUCGCGCCUAUUUCCAUCUUGUCUAUGCUUAUCGCCCAAUUUCACCCUAAUUUCGAUUGCAAAAUAAUCAUGCGCAUCGCGGUCGCUAGUGCAGGAAUAUCGUUUUCUUUAUUGAUAUCCGGUACUCUAGGCGUAAAGGCUUACCGAUGCCUAGACAACUCUCGCUUAGUUCUAGUCAUCCUGGUCAUACUAAGGACUGCUGCAAUGGUUUUCCUUGCUCUUGAUCUGGCAUUGCUUAACGGUUAUCGCAGUCUUGCAGGCCGCUGCUACCGAACAUCUAAUUCCAUGUCAUAUACUUUCAUAAUACUUUUAUUUGUUGAAUCGCUAUUCGUCUGUCUUUGCUUUCUCUACGCUGUUCGAAAAUCACUCGGUUCCGUCCAGGGCAGAAUUACUGUAUCACUCUCUCUCGACGAUGUCACAGAUUCCCAUCUAGACACCCAACAAGAGAGCAGAACUCAGUCUCUCUCCUACGACCCAAGUAUUCCCAUGGGUGGUCUUUCCAAGAGUGAAAGAGUACAUGAUCCGGAGAAUGUGCCCUCUAGAUUGCCCAUCCUACCGCUGGCUACAAAAUCCCCUCUCGCUGGCACAUCCCCAAUUCCUCGCCGGCCAUCUUCUCCUGCCAUGUCAUCCAUAAGUCGCAUGAGUCAAUAUAUGCCUCGAGUAACGUUAUUUAGAGAAGUGAUGAGAGAUGAAUUAUUCUACACCACCUUUAUCACUGCUUCCACCGUUGUUUCCGUCAUAAUGACUAUAGUCGGUGUUAAUAGCGUGGGCCCGGCUGAUCAUGUAGCUUGGAUAGCACUUGACUGGGCCUUCAUUUCGUGUCUUGUGAUGCACAGUUUUGGUCGUGUCAUCCGCCGCCACGAAAACGAAGCUUUGUUACAGCAGCCCAGCGUUUGGCAUCGCAGUUUGCGUACGGACCACAGUACUGCAGAUAUUUUAGCAGAGGGAAGGGUGAGAUCUCCUAGGCCUUCGUUUGCUGAUGAUGGUUUACCCCCACAUCCGGAUCCAAAGGGUCAACCUGCAUAUGACAAGGCAAGUUUGUCUGAUGCGGAAUUUGCAAUCAACCCUUCCUCCCGCACCUGCUUUCCUUGUUGCAAUCGACGCAGUGCAUGACCCACACUCGUUCCUGCCUCUUGAUCAAAGCAAUUCGGACUUUUAAGACACGUAUUAUAUCACGGACUGACGAAUAACAUAGCAUAUAUCGCACAUAUUGUACAUAUCAAGUAUUUGCAUUUGAACGCAGUUAUUUUGGGA